UAUUAUGGGUAUGAAAAACCGAAGGACACCAAUGAUUUCUUGAAAGAUUUUGUUAAUGAGGCUACCGAAAUAUGCGAAAAUGGAAUUAACUUCAACGGUCGACAGAUAGCAUGCCGGAUUGAAGCUUUGAUUUGUGAUACACCAGCUAAAUCAUUUGUUUUGUGUAUCAAAGGACAUUCUGGAUAUUCUAGUUGUACAAAGUGUACUACGGAAGGAGAUCAUAUAAGAGGUCGAAUAUGUUUCCCACAACUUGACGCACCAUUUAGAUCAGAUGAUGAUUUUAUACAAAAAGUAGACGAUAGUUAUCACAAACCAAAUACAACGUGCAGUCUGUUAAAUAUUUCUCAUUUUAAACCGGUAACAAAUGUUCCGUUGGAUUACAUGCAUUUGAUAUGCUUAGGAAAAUUGCGCAAUUAUUAAGGGGCUACAUACACCCAGAGACAUAAAAAAUAGGCCUUUUUCUCGAUUUUUUUUUUCGAAACGUAAUGUAUGUAAUUAAUCCUAGUUUUCUUUACUUUAAAAUACAUUCUUAGAACAUGUUUUAGAAUAAAUUUGAACUAAAAAUAUUUAAAAAUGGCGGAGAUAUUGUCCUCGUCGCAAGACCUUGUUAAAAAAAGGUGCUCCGCGGUGCCAAUUGCAGCUCGUACAGAACUUAUCUGAAACAGACCAGCCUAGAAUUUUCUUAAACUGAAUGAUAUUAUCUAGUCUUUAUCGCCGAUUUUUAAAAUAUCGAUUUUUGGCAAAAUGGCGGCCGUUUAAAGAAAAAAAGCAAUUUUUUAGGGUAAAAAUCGGUCGUUUUUUUAACUUUAAAAAAAGUAAGAGCUCUAAAAAAAACCGCCGAUAAAAACUGCCUUUUUUUGUGUAGAUUAAGCCCUCCAAAUUUUAAGUAAAUCGGUCUAGCCGUUUCCGAGAUAUUUUUGGCACGCGUUUUGAAAACAUGGUUUCGAGAGAAACGCGUUUAAAGUUUGACAUUCGGUUAAAACGUAGAUAAUUUCUUUUUAAACUUACAUGGAGUCAUCCACUCCAGGGCCAUACAGUGAACCCUUCUCAGAUGUAGCGGCUUCAAAGGCUUCAAUUCUAGCUUGCCGGUGUAAUAUUCUUGCGUAAACUAUUUGCUGCAAAGGAUUAGAAGGCGCUCAUCGCGCCCCAGCAUCGUCAAACGCGCUUGGACCUUUCUCGCUAUAUCUCCGACAAUUUUUAAGGAAUCACUUUGAAACUUGCAAGGGAUAUUCUCAAGAUCUUAUACUUUACGAAUAUGCAAAAAACGAAAAAUCAAUUUUUUCAAAAUUUCUGGGUGUAUGUAGCCCCUUAAACUUGUGGCUUUAUGGUGAACUGCAAUAUCGACUACAACACAGAGCCCAACGGACGAAAUCUCUACACGUUUGAUUACCAAUUUAAAGCCCUCAAUACCUAUAGAAUUUCAGAGAAAACCACGAAGAUUGGAUUGUGUAAAAUUAUGGAAAGCCACAGAAUAUAGAUUAAUAUUACUAUAUACGGGUCCAUUGGCAUUUAAAUCUAUAUUAAAGAAAAAUGUCUAUAUACAUUUUAUGACAUUACAUGUCAUUAUAAGGAUCUUAUCUUCAAAGGACUUACACCAACACCUAAGCUAUGCGCAAGAUCUUAUUAAUUUUUUUAUUAAAACAUUUAUACAACUGUACGGAAUUCAAAACGUAUCGCAUAAUGUUCACGGUCUAGUUCAUCUUGUCGAUGAUGUCAAAAGAUUUGGACCUCUCGACAACUUUAGUGCGUUUAAAUUUGAAAACUAUAUGCAGAUACUGAAAAAAUAUGUACGAAAAGCGGAAAAACUUUUACAACAAGUUGUACGGAGAUGUAUUGAAAAAGAGAAAAACUUUUACACGUCAACCGCUUUGUCAUAUUCUGUUCCAAAACAUUCUAAUUUAUCGUUGUUACAUUACGAUGGUCCGCUUAUACCGAAUUGUUGCAAUCCACAAUACAAAACUAUUAAGUUCAACGGAAUGACAUUUAAAGCUGGGACAGUCGCUGAUAGUUGUUGUGGGUUAAGUUGUGGCACAAUUGUAUGUAUAGAAAACGUGGCUUACUGCGCAGAACAGAAUGCUCCUGUCAUUAUUGGUUACAAAUUUUUGGAAAAGGAAGAUCUGUUUAAUGUUUCCUGUUCAUCUUUCUUACUUGAUAUUUAUUCUGUUCAUAAUUUAUCUGAUUUGAAAUUAUGGCCACUUAAAAACAUUGUUAAAAAUAUGUGAAAUUGCCAAACAGAAAUGAGAAAUUUGCCGUUUUUCCUCUGAUGCAUUCCAAGAAUUAAUCUUAUAUCCAUUUCCACAGAAUGACUGACAAGAAUAAGAAAUAUGUUAUUGUUGAAUUCAAAGAUGGACUUCAAAUAAUACCCACGAUAUGGUUGACUAGUGAUUUAAAAAGAGCAAAAUGGCCGAAAAAUUACAUAACUAAUAAAAGAUAUGACAAAGCAGUAAAAAAUAUGGAAGAACCAGAAUCAACUUGGGAGGAGUAUCCUAUUAUGAAAAUAUUUACAUCAUGUUCCGACUAUGAAGUGGCACGAUCAAAAUUAAAGUUAGCCGAGCAGUUAUCAGAUCUAAAUACAUGCUCUGACGAAGAGGAAAAAAGUAAAAAAUCACGAAAAGUCAGAGCUGCUAAAAAACGCCGGUUAAGUUCUACUAGUAACUAUAGUGAGGAGUCUGAUGAAUCAUUAAUGUUAUCCCUUCCAAAACCUCCAUGUAAACAAACUAAUAUUAAUAGAGGAAUAUCGCAAAAAAAAAACUCAGGCACUUAAAGGUAAGAAUACAAUAAAGUAUCUAGGAUUCUAACUUUAUUCCACCUAAAUUCGUUAUCAAAACCAACUUUAUGUCGAGAAACCGGGGAUUUACAGGUUUUAUUAAUAUCUGUUCUAUGUUCUUUAAUUCUAGUAGCUAGUUUUCUUUUUGUCUGUCCUACAUAGAAAGCAUUGCAAUCUUGGCAAGAAAUUUUAUAUAUCAUAUCACAGUUUUCUGAUUCAUCUAGUCAAUCUUUGUCAGUUUUUAUAAACCUAAUUUGUUGUUAAGAGAAUAAGAUACUUUACAUUCCUUUAUCGAAGUUAAUCUUUUAAACUUUUUAGACAUAUUUUUUAAGUAAGGAAUAGUAAAUGUGUUUUUAUUGUUAUUAGUGAGAUUUAUAUUAUUAUUGUUUUUUCUGUAUAUGUAAAUUUAAUUCUGUUAAUUACGUUAAAGAUAUAUUUCAGUGGAUAGCUGUUAUGUAGUAGGAUUUCAAUUAUUGCUAUUAUGUUAUUUUGGUGGAAUUUAGGGUGUGACAAUUGUAGUACAUUAUCAAUUAGUCCUAUUAUAACUUCUUUUUUAUGAAUCGUUAAAUAAUGUGAGUAGAAGCUAAGAAAUCUGCCUGAGAAAGUUGGUUUUUUAAGCAAAUCAAAAGAAAUAAAAUCGUUUUCUACUAUUAAUGUUACGUUUAAAAAAUCAAUUUUAUUCG